UUGCGGGGGGAGCAUCAGCCCAUGUGCUGGGGGGUUGGGGGACACACGGAAACAAUGAGGCCUUUGGUGAUUGUGCAAGACCCACUCCCAGCUUCCCAGCGUGUCCCCUCUGCGGGCUGGAUCCGGGUGGCUCUUGGGGGCGGGGCAGGGGGCCCUGAAUGGGCCCCUUGUCUCAGUGCUGGGUGUGGGCCAGGCUCCCCGGGCACACAGUGCCCUACCAAGGCCUGGCCAGCCUCCAUGGCUUACACCCCCAGCUGGCUGAGGACGGGCCCUGUGGGUGAGCAGGCCCCUCCCUGUCAGCCUUGGCUGGCUCCCAUCCAGUCCCAGGCGGAAGAGGCAGCUAGAGAGACGGACCCCAUCUAGUGGGAAGGGGGAAAAGCAGCAGCCUCAGCUCAGAAGGACCCUCACCCCAAGCUAGAGAGCUAGAUACUGGGACAAACGCAGGUUGGACCCCAGCCCUAUAGCUCUCUAGAUUUAUGACUUUGGGCAGUUCUCUGGUUUUUCUGAAUCUCAGCUUCCUCACGGGUAAAGUGGCACCAACAGUAAUACUUGCCUGAAAGGAUGCAGUGAGGGUUCUGUGACAUCAUACAUGGAAAAUGCCCAGCGAGCACCAGGUGCUCCACAAAAGUAGUUUUCCUUCCGCGGAUCUGGAGGAAGGAGGGGCCCAGGGUGCAUGCAGGGCUCAGCGAUUGGCUCCCGGGGUCCUGGAAGGGCCUGGGGUGGGGGCGGUUGGGGUCAGCCAGGUAGCUCUCACAAUGGGCUAGAACUCUCCCUCCCUCUGGGUUCUCAUCCACUUUGAUUCCUCUCCCUGUCUCAGGGAGGGGAGGAAAGCCCUAGGAUGAGUUGUUGGGGGAAGCUUUCCUAUUUCUUCACUGCUCUGCUUGAAGCUCCUGAGAGAUCCCUUAGGUGGUGGCCACUGGCCUACAGCCUGUCUCCCUCCCCCUAACUCUACCAAAUGCUGGUAUUGCCCUCUGCUUGGUGCUUGUGUAUCGGGAGAAAUGGCCAGGGUCAUGAGGUUCUUCCGAUGGAUUUGGCAAAAGAUUACUUUCUGGAUUUUCUUCUGGAAACACAAAGCGAAGCCAAUCGUCUCAGAAUGCCCUGACUCCAAGAAAAGCAUGUUGAAGUUGGAGAAGACCCCCAACGUGGUUGAGACUUUAGAGUUGAUUGAACCCUCCAAAGAGUCUAAGACUUUCAACACGGAUGAGUCCCUGCAGGUGGCUGAUCCCUGUGGCACGCUGGCCAAGACAACAGGUGGGGCUGAGGUGGAGCUGGGUCAUGGUGGCUGGUCCCUGCUGCAGCUGCCCUGGUUGGCCAUCAAGUCUGUCUCUUUGCUCAUGAUCUCGUCCCUGCAGUCUGGCUGGCAAAUGUGCAGUGGGAAGGUCAGUACCACACUCCCUUGUCCCCACCAGUCCUCUCAUCUUCCCUGAUUCCCCAUGGCUCAUUGCUCCCUCUGUCCACUUGUUCGACAUGUGCCUGUAAUAAGUGCCAGGCACCCACAGUGAAGCAAGAUUCACCGAGACUGAGGGUGCUUACAGACAAACUCAUAGCAUUUUUGGUUCAAUAUCAUAGAGCUUGACAUGGGCAUCUAGGGGCCUGUGAGAGCCCAGGGAAGGGGCAUCUAAUCUAGACCCAGGGAGUCAAGAAAGGCCUUCCUAGCAGAAGAGAGGGUGAAGCUGAGACCUGAAGGAUUUGGCCUGGCUUGGGGUGGAGUGGGGGACUACAGGGAAGUAGAGGGAGUAGGGGAGCAGUCCAUGAACAGAGAAUAGCAGAUGUGGGGUGCUGGCCCAAGGUGAUGGGUUUGGGCAGUCCAGGGGCCGAGGGCCAUGCUUGUACAAGGAAAGUAGGGGGCCAGUUGUGGAAUUUGGAUUUGACCAUAAGAGCAAUGGGAGCCUUUGCAGACAUUGGAAUGGAGGAGUGACACAGUCAGAUUUUGAUUUAGCAAGCUCACCCUCACUCAUACAUUGCUGGUGGGAAUGUAAAAUGGUAUGGCCCCUUGGCAAAAGUUUGGUAGUUUCUCAUACAAACUUGCAACUAUCAUAUGAACCAGCGACUGUCUUCCUGGGCAUUUCUCCUAGACAAAUGAAAUUUAUGUCCACACAAAAAUCUAUUCAUGCAUGUUCAUAGCAGCUUUAUUUGUAGUAGCCAAACCAACCUAAAUGUCCUUCAGUGGGAGAAUGCUUAAACUGCAUAUAUCCAUGGAUUACUUCUGCCAUACAAAGGAACAAAGUAUUGAUAUAUGCAGCAACUUGGAUAAAUCUCAAGAGAAUUAUGCUUGAGUGAAAACACCCCAUCCCAGAAGGUUAAAUACUGUAUGGUUAUAUCAUACACCAUUUAUAUUAUAGACCGUUCUUGAAAUAACAAAAUUAUAGACAAGGAGACCCAAUUACGUGAGUUUGUUGUUAUCAGGAAUUGCAGGGUAGGGUUGUUGGGGGUGGAAUGAGUUGGUUAUAAAAGGGCAAUAUCUCCAGCCGAGAGAGAGAGAUGUUCUGGACAGUGCUGGGGGUAGAAUUGUUGUGCUGGUGGUUGACUGAAUGACAGAGCAGAGGGAGAGAGAAGUCAGGGUGGGCUGGAGCCAUUUGCAGAGAUGGAGAAAGGAGGAGGGAGAGCUGACUUGGGAGAAAGUGAAGAAUUUAGGGCACUGGGACGAAAUGAGUUGAGAUGUUGGUGGGACACCUGCAUGGAGACAUCUCGGAGGCAGGGAGAUUACAGGCCUGGAGGUCAGGAGGGAGCUCUAAGGCUGGAGACAGAGGUCAGGGUGUCAUUCUGUCCUUGAUUUUAACACACGCUCUAUGAAACCCUAGUGGGGAUUCAAAGGUUCAAAGGUGGGUCAGACAUGAUCCCAGUCUUCCCGAAGCUUUCAUUCUAGUGUUGAAAACAGAUGAGUCCACAGAACAAAUAAUGUAUGAAAUACAUAUUCAUUCAAGGAAGAGGAAGCAGAGACAAUGAACACCUAGUGCAGCCUGGGAAGGCUUCCUGGGGGAGGCAGUGCCUGAGCUGAGGCCUGAAGGAGGAGAUGGAGUUAGACCAGCCUUUGCUGUUUAUCUGCAGGUGGUCCCACCAGCGGUUUCUUCCCAGACCAAUUUAUUUACCUGUGUACCUCUCUCUUCUUGAUAGUCAU